GCGACUCUUGGAGCCAGAAAAACGAGGAAAAUUAAUUCAUCAUCACCAGCAAAGCAAGCUCACGAUGGCAAGGAUCAAGGUUCAUGAGCUUAGAGAGAGAUCGAAGACGGAUCUUCAGAGCCAGCUUCAGGAGUUCAAGGCUGAGCUCGCUCUCCUCCGUGUCGCUAAAGUCACUGGAGGUGCCCCUAACAAGCUCUCCAAAAUCAAGGUGGUGAGGAAAUCCAUUGCUCAGGUUUUGACGGUGAUCUCACAGAAGCAGAAAUUAGCACUAAGGGAAGCAUACAAGAACAAGAAGUUCUUGCCUCUUGAUCUCCGUCCUAAGAAGACUCGUGCUAUCCGAAGACGUCUUACCAAGCAUCAGUCUUCUUUGAAGACGGAGCGUGAGAAGAAGAAAGAGAUGUAUUUCCCAGUGAGGAAGUAUGCUAUCAAAGUGUAGGAGUCUCAUUCUCCAGCUACCCCUACUAGGAAUGAUUCAGCUUUUUUUUUGGUUAUUCACGUAUUGUCCACCUUUUUCUUUACACAAGUUUUCUCAUGGAACAGUCAAAUCUUUGUCUCACUCUUCAAAAACAUUUUUUCAUAAUAACUGAUAUUAAACCAGUUCUCAGCUUUUGUGGUUUCCUUAUGUUAUUUUGAUUUUGCAAACGUUUAGUACAAGAGAAGACGAGA